AUGCUGCUCUCAAUGGCAGGAGUCACUCUCCGUGCUGAUUAUUCUUCACCACCUCGUUCGCGAGUAGGGAGCUUCAUACAUUUCCCGGCCUCGCAAUGCCUCAAAGUACAUCUCGCGCGGCAGCAUCGGGUCCUCGUCGGAUUGCCCCAGGCCCCGUCUCCGAAUCCGCUCCUGCUGCUGCCCAACGCCGAGGCCGUCUACCAUCUCGCCGGAUUGGCUGGAAGUCGGCCGAAAUGUAUCUCGUGCGUGCAGAAAGGGAUAGACUGUCACUACACAUCAGCCAACGCGACCGAAACGAACUCAGGAGUACUGAAGCGGAAAUUCCAAGAAGUGAAACAAAAGACCAGCGAUUAUGAGGAAUUCUACGAUGCCCUCCAAAGGAUGCCACCCAGUGACUCUCAGGCAAUCUUUCGUUUGAUCCGGCGAGGUGCAGACAUCAAAACAGUAAUGGGGCAGAUUACGGAAGGGAACCUUCUUCUCCAGCUCUCUCUGACUCCCGAGACACAACGUCGAUACGAAUUUCCUUUUGUCACAACAAUGCCAGCGGCCCUCCAGACUGGUGACAACCUAUAUCUCAGGUCCUUAAUCUUCGAGGCAACCUUCCACGACCAAAACCAGCAACAGCUUACCGUACCCCUAAAUCAGGUAAAUACCAGAUCAGGAUCGCCACAGUACAUCUACACACAACCUUAUCACAGCGCCGAGAUUGUAAACACGCGACUCUCUUCCGUCGACGUAUCACGCUGGACGGCCGUUUCCGCUGAUAAUGAGCUCAUGAGGGCCUUGCUACACGCGUAUUUUCUUCAUGAGUAUUCGUCAUAUACGAUAUUUCAAAAAGACAUUUUCAUCCAGGCUCUUACAGACGGCGAUGAGCGAUUCUGCUCUUCGCUUCUCGUAAAUGCCCUCUUGGCCCAGGCUUCGGUGUUUCCCCCCUUUGAAGUAUUCAAGCAACGUUGGAAGCAAGCUAACCGUUACAGCAUUGCUAUUCGGGGAUCCAAAAUCGCGAACAGUUCUGGAACCCUGAAAAUAUCGGCUAUCGCUUUCUUGCAGAAGCUCGGCGACUUUGGGAAUUACGGUCCGAAAGAGCAGAUCUUCCAACUCUACAAGCCGCCGUGCUACAUUGGCGACAAGACCCUAAGGCACGCAAGAGACUUCACCGCUUGGUGCCUUUACAAGUAUCAGACCAUAAUGGGCUAUUACUACUUCAAAAGUCCUAUGAUUACGAUCCCGCCCAAAUUUCCUCUUCCCGACCCAUAUGCAGAACCGUCGUGGUACGGUGACUUCAUUCUAAAAUAUCCUGCAAAUAACACCUUCACCUCGCUCUAUUUCCCGCAUUUCUUCUGUGCAGACACAAAGUUGAAGAUUAUUCUCAACGCCAUUGCAGUUUCACUAUUCAAGCCAGAAAAUGUUGGGAGGACUCUCCCAGCCAAUGUGAAGUCGAAUCUUCGAGCCCAACUGGAAUCGUGGCUAGCCUGCCUGUCGGUACCGCUACAUCCCAGCAAUAUUGUCUUUCCAGCACAAUUAAGGUUGCAUAUGGAAUACCACGCCACCAUUUUGACACUGUUGCAGACGCCUGUUAAUAACGACAGAUCCUUCGCGUCCAUCAUUAUGUCUAACGAAAAUGACGAUGAAUUAUUACAAGAGGCUAUUUCAGCAGCUAUGAUUCGACUAGAAACCAUCGUCCGCAUCUACUAUCUACGACACAGUUACGAGUCUUGCAACACAUAUCUUACGUUUUUCCUCUCGAACGUAGGCUUUGCCGCGCUGGAGAGAUUAAGGUCUUCUGAAGUUGAUCACGAGCGUUUCAAGCACAUGAUGUCAACAUUAAUUCCCUGCAUCAAGGGUCUGUAUGAUCAAGGACAGCAUGUACACGUGGCCUCCGCCGUAUAUCGGCUGCUACGUAAUCGCUUAUUGCCUCAAGAUUUGAGGUUCUUGCAAGGGUAUAUCCAUUGGAACAUUACAGAAGAUGAUGAUCCUCUGAUUAUAUCACAUGUCCAAUCCGAAUGGCCAAUACCUAUUGUUGGCCGAGAGAAAGACCCAGAGGCGGCAAAAUUGGAGAAUCUUGCACGACGACUCAACGAAAUGUCGGUAGACUCUUCAAGAGAGACAAGUGAAGAAAACGAAUUAGAAACGAGAUAG